GAGGGAGGCGGCAGAAGGAAAAGGGAGCGGAGCGAGAGUUGCUCGCCGGCGCUCCUGCAGCUAGGGAAGGACGGCGUCCUGUGGGCUCGCCCCUUCGCGCUCACCGGGAAAGCGGGCGCCCUUUUCGGGGAGACGGGUCCUGCUGCGGGAGACGCAGCAGAUGGAGCGCCCCACGCCCCCCCCCUCCCGGCAGCAGCGUUGGCGCCGUCUCUGCCCGCUCGCCUAGACGGGGGCCGUGCCUCUUCUAGGGUUAGGAGGAUGGAGUAGCGGGCAGCGGUCGGCGUCGCUGGCUAGAGGCUGCCCGGCCACCUGGGGAUGCUUGGAGACGCCUAAGGCUGCCCCGACGGCCGCUCUCCCCUCAGAGGGCGCUGCGCUCGACCUCGUCUGUCAGCAUGGGCUCGCCCUGCCGCCGCCGCUGCAGCGGGGGGACCCCUUGACGGCUUGCCUCUUCGUGGACCUUUGCCUUCCCCCCCCCCCGGGAGAGGCUGGGAGGGGGCGUGCAGCUCUUGGCCCGGCUCUGCCGAGGGAAAAUGCUAGCCGGGGGUUUGCUGGCCGGUUUCUCCGUGCUCAGCCUGCUCACCUACGGCUAUUUGGCUUGGGACGCGGCUGGCGACCCCGAGAGCGCGAGCGCGACGGCCAAGUUGGAAGAAGGACCCGAAGCGGAGCCCGCCCCUUCCCCGCCACACCUCAUCUUCAUCCUGGCGGACGACCAGGGGUUCAGAGACGUGGGCUACCAUGGCUCGGAGAUCAGGACGCCCACCUUGGAUAAGUUGGCGGCGGAAGGCGUGAAGCUGGAGAACUACUACGUCCAGCCCAUGUGCACCCCGUCCAGGAGUCAAUUCAUAACGGGAAGGUAUCAAAUCCAUACUGGUCUUCAGCAUUCAGUCAUAAGGCCCUCUCAGCCUAACUGUUUACCACUGGAUAAUGUGACACUACCUCAGAAGCUGAAGGAAGCUGGCUACUCCACCCACAUGGUUGGCAAAUGGCACUUGGGCUUCUACCGCAAGGAAUGCAUGCCAACACAGCGAGGGUUUGAUACCUUUUUUGGCUCUCUCUUGGGCAGCGGCGAUUAUUACACUCAUUACAAAUGUGACAGUCCUCGGAUGUGCGGCUACGACUUGUACGAGAAUGACAAUGCUGCAUGGGAUCAUGACAAUGGCAUGUACUCGACGCAGAUGUACACGCAAAGAGUGCAACAAAUCUUAGCCUCCCAUAACCCCAGGAAACCCAUAUUUUUGUACAUUGCAUACCAAGCUGUUCAUUCUCCACUUCAGGCACCAGGCAAGUAUUACGAGCGUUACCGAUCGAUAAAUAAUAUAAACCGACGUAGGUAUGCUGCUAUGCUGGCAUGCUUGGAUGAAGCUAUCAACAAUGUGACUCUUGCAUUAAAGAGGUACGGUUAUUAUAACAAUAGCAUUAUCAUUUACUCAUCUGACAAUGGAGGGCAGCCCACAGCCGGUGGAAAUAACUGGCCUCUCAGAGGAAGCAAGGGGACAUACUGGGAAGGAGGGAUCCGAGCAGUUGGCUUUGUUCAUAGCCCUCUGCUUAAAAACAAGGGGUGUGUGUGCAAGGAGCUCAUCCACAUCACAGACUGGUUCCCUACUCUGAUCAUGUUAGCUGAAGGGCAGAUUGAUGAGGACACCGAACUGGAUGGCUAUGACGUGUGGGAGACCAUAAGUGAAGGCCGACGGUCCCCAAGGAUGGAUAUUUUGCACAACAUUGAUCCUAUCUACACCAAAGCCAAAAACGGUUCCUGGGCAGCUGGCUUUGGACUAUGGAACACGGCGAUUCAGUCAGCGAUCCGUGUGAACCAUUGGAAACUAUUGACGGGGAACCCAGGAUACAGUGACUGGGUCCCUCCGCAGUCAUUCAGUAAUGUUGGUCCCAGUCGCUGGCACAACGAACGAGUUUCAUGGACCGCUGGGAAAACUGUGUGGCUGUUCAACAUCACGUCUGACCCAUAUGAGCGAGUGGACCUUUCCAGUAAGUACCCAGAGGUGGUAAAGCAGCUGUUGCGUAGGCUUUCGCAGUUCAACAAGACUGCUGUCCCUGUCCGAUACCCACCUAAGGACCCCAGGAGUAACCCCAAUUUUAAUGGAGGCGUUUGGGGCCCAUGGUUCAAGGAGAAUGAGAAGAAGAAGAAACCAAGCAAAAACAAAGCAGACACUAAGCAAAAUAAAAAUAAAAACAAGAAGAAACCUGACAGAAGAAAAGGACAUUCCCUAAGGUGCUUUGCAGGUGGAUAGCAUCAGUGGUGUCUUAUGCUGCAAUCCUAAGAAUACAUACUGAGAAAUCUGACUCCCAAAUGUAGUGGUAGCUAAACUUCCAGGUACAGUAACUGUGUUUAGGCUCAAGAGUCCAUUGCUAAACCAGAGCAAAACAGUCCCCAAAAUUCAUAAUUUGCAGACGUACCAACACAGUAGAAGUGCCAUUUUUCUUUGGUCUUGCAUUGUAGCAACAGAGACAUACGUCAGAUGCAGUUGCCCUCACUACCUUAUCUUCCAUACAAUGGAGGGUUACUCACACAGUAUUUCUCACACCAUAGGGGAGAGGCUGGUAGAGCAAAAGUGUUGCAUGCACAAGAUCCUCUGUUCAACUCCCCGUCACUCCAGGUAGGGCUGGGAGACUCUCCUAUCUUAAAGCCAUGGAGAUCUGCUGCCACUCAGCACUGAAAAUUCUGAGCUAGGUGGACUAAAGGUCUGACUCUGUAUAAUUUAACUCCCUGUGGUCCUAUGCUGUCUCUGUACCCUACUUUUGUAGAACACAUGGUGAUGUGUUUUCAAAUGCACCUGUUUAUUUUAAUAACCAUGUAAAAAGCUAUACUGGUAAAAUAUUCUCGAUUGCUGGGAGAAAAUAAAGACCAAAAAAGGGAUAAAACAUUAAAAUGAGUUGCCCCCUUAUGUUAUCUUGAUGAAGCACAGCCAGCCAUUAAGCUACCAGAAAUAGCCUGAAUAACUUGUGAAAAAGCUGCUUCUAAUUAAAUUUUGCCUAGCUUUCAACUGGAAAGGAUUUUUCCCUUCCCAGAAUGUGCCAGGCUACAAUUCCUUCCAAUAAAAACAAGCUAUGCACACAGAUACAAAAAUGCUAAUACAUGGUUAUAAUUACAGAAAGAUGUAGAGUUAUAGAUUGAAACUAUUUGCUGGAUUAUGUGUGCAGAAUCCCAUACAAUAUAUGCACAGAAUUAUGCACAGAAUUGCAGCCUUAUAAAGGUGUUACUGCUGAGCACCAGCAGUGCUUGGUAGAUUGCAUACCAACUGUCUGAAUCCAAAAGGCUGUGUGCACUCCAGUACAUAUGACGCUUCAGAUAAGUAGGCUUUAAUAAGUGAUUUGUGUGCAUUAAGGUGGCCAGACUUCAGCCAUGAAGCAUAUAUCAAAAGAAGGUCUUACUGACUUAGCAAGAGGUUGCUUAUUUGUAUGGAUUGUAGCCAGUGGCAGAAAGAGCCAGGCAUGCAGCCCGGUCCCAUUUUUGAUUGGAGAAGGCAAAGAUCCAUGAACAUAAGCUGUUCUGCAGCUGAUAAUGAGAAGUGAGGAGAAGCUCACUCAGGAUGCCCAACUGAUGAAUGGAUGGGCAUAGUCUAAAUACGGUUCACAGCUUGAUCUGUUGAAGAGAGAGGUCAGAAAGUAGUUCUUGGCAAAUGGCUUACCCCAGAGGUUUUCAACCUUUUUGAGUCCACAGCUCCCUUGGUCAAUUGCAUUCUUUCUGCGACACCCCUGUGGGGCUCAGAAGCCCAGUUACGUCACCCCUUUUUAAAAAUACCCUGCCUUGUGGAAUAUUCCCUCAGACUCCUCUGUUCUCCCCUCUCCUUGGGAGUCCUCUGGGCAGCGGCAGCUGCCCCCUCUGCCCAAAAUAGAGUUGCUUAUUCACACUGCCUCACAGGGGCCUGAGAAGCACCACCUAGCCAGCCAGAGGCACCAUUUGCCUGGGCAGCUUGUAGCCAGGGCUGCUGCAGUAAACAGCUGUGCAAGCCUUUGGGAAACAGAGAUGCAAGAGGGCAUCAGAGCCCAGGGUGCCACAGCACAAUGGUUGAAAACCACUGCCUUAGCCACACUACCCGAACCCCAGCACCUGUAGUGGAAAGCAAGAUAAGGACUUUCACUUUCCAUUUCCAGACUUCAGAACUUCCCAUUCAAGGUGCUGAUGUAAGGCCAGCUCCCACUAUUCCAAAGAGAGGAAACCUGUGACUCUCUUGAUGAUGUUGAACUGCAGUUCCCAUCACCCCUGAACUUUAUUGGCCAUGCUGGCAGGGCCUAAUGGAAGUGGGUCUGCCACAACAUCUGGAGGGCCAUAGAUUCCCCACCCCUUCACUAUUCACUAGUCCAUGGGUAGUCUCACCCUGAAAGAACAGUCUGUAAUAGGUCCUGUUCGUGAAGGAAGCUAAGCAAGGGAAGAAGAAGCCUGGAACAAGGGGAGAACAGUAACAACUGUGACAGGUUGGUAACUUGGCAGCGAGGUGAACAAGUGGAAAACUUCAGCUUGUAAUACAUACAUGACAUAAUUUAUUUUGAGGUACAGCACACCAAUGACUUUUUGCUCCCAUAGUUUUCUUGCGGGUCAUUUAUUAGUCCACUGUUAUUCCUAGGAGAAUGUUGUUUCAUGUAGCAAUAUCUGCAAGUACUGUAAAAUCAGAAAUAACUGUAAGGGUGGGAGUUAUCCGGGUGCAUUCUUUCAUUCUGUGUUUUGUCUGCAAGCAUGUUAAAGUGGUUAUCUGGCUGUGUAGUCACACACUUUUCUUUAUAGAAGCAAAACUCUUGGAUGUUUAAAGAAGAGGGAGGAAAGGGGAAUGGAAAAAAGGUGAACUCUAAACAUUUUAUUUAUGUAUCUAUUAAAAAUGUUUAUUUUUACGGUGAUAAUCAGAAUCGCCUCUGUUGUCUUUUUUUGUAAAGGUUUAAAAAAACAACAACCAAGUUUUCAGAUUUUGAAAUGGUUUUGCAAUUUUUAUAUGAAAAUGGAAGUUGGACUUUUUGCUUUGGGCGGACACUUAUCUCCACCUCACCCUGAUCAGUAGAAACCUUCACCAUUAUCCUCACAAAGCAGGUGAAGAGCAGAAGAUGGGUAGAAAGCCACUUGCCUCUGUUCCUUAAUUGUGGUUGGUCCUAAAUCACUGGUAAAUGAAUAUUUUACUGUUUUCACAAAAAAUGAAUCUAUAAACAACAUUUGACAAAGGAAUUUCUAACUCAUUAACCACUCUUACUAUAUCGUGCCCAGGACUUUCAGUAGGGACUGUGAUUCCCCUCGUGUGUUUGCAAGGGCACAUGAGAAAGAUAUUCUUGGGGGUUGGAUCUCAAAUUAACCCCCAUUCCUUUCUUUUGGACACCUUCUCAGAGGGUAGGAUCAGGUCUGUAAAAGAUGAACUAGUCACACUAGUUUGGUAACACCAACACAUAUGCAUACCUUGCACAGAUAAGAAAUACUGUCUCUGCAAAAUUUCCAUUCCAGGUACAAAAGUCAUAUUCUUGCAUUGGGCCAAAGGUUCUGGAACUCUCUCCAUUAUCAACACUGCACAGCAGUGUAAAAGGAAGGAGAGAGCAAUGAGAUGAAAGACCAAAACACGAUGAGUUCGUACUCUACAAGCUGAAACCUGGAACCGAUAAAUCCUGUUUAUCCAAUUAGUGUGUUCAGCAACAGUCAUCAGCAAAAUAAACUAUAUAGCCUACUGCAUUUAUUUGAAACCUAAAGCUAAAAUAAAUUUCUGCAGAUCACCAUUCUUUAAUAUAAAAUUAAGAACAGACCCAGUCUGGUGUAAUUGACACAGUGUUUGCCGUGGAAGACUUAGGUUCAUAUCUUUUGCUCAGACACAAAGCGUGCUAGGCAAACUUUGGCUAGGCUAAGCUCUUUCGGCCUAAUCAAUAUCACCAUGUUGCCAUGAGAAUAAAAUGAGCAAAUCCAAUAUACACCACCUUGGAGGAAAGCCAAGAGAUAAAUUGGACGUAUAGUCUCCUGUGUCUUAACAGCUACAAGAGUGUAACAAGUUCAUGGUGCCUCAAGACACAUUAGUUCAUGUUAAGUGCAUACAUAGAUUUUGCCUUGAACAAUUAAAAAGGAUUAAAGCAUUGUGUUGCCCUAGCACAACACACACAUUUUAAAAAGGAAACAGACUUUUGUGGUCAGGGACAGCAAGGAAAUUCCUUGAAAAGAGUGGCAUGAGCAAAGGAUUAACGGGAAAGUGUAUAAAUACCCUUCAAGCAAUUCAGGAUGAAUGCUCAAUAAACAGGUCAUCUGGCGAAACCUUGGGUAAAGGUUUUCAGAUCACUGCGUCUCCAUGGGAGGAAUUGUUUGUCUUCUGCAUUUCUGCUUGUCUAAUAGGUUCUUUGAAAACACAAGUCCUGCCAGAAAAAAUAGGCAGCCCUUUAUGAGUUAAAUUGACUCAACUUCGGCUCUAAAUGGAUUAGAAAAGACCUGGUUGAAGAGCAUUACCUCGAAAAAGAUAUUGUAGAGCUGGAAAAGGUUCAGAAAAGGGCAAACAAGAUUAUCAAGGAGAUGAGAAGGAAAAGGUUGCAGCAUUUGAGACUUUUUCGUUUGGAUAAGUUGACAUGAUAGAAAUUUAUAAUUAUGCAUGGCUUGGAGAAAGUGAAGAGUUUUUUUCUCAAUAGUGCUAGAAUGCAUGAGCAUUCAGUGAAGCUGUAUGUUAGAAUAUACAGGACAGAUGAAAGAAAGUACAUGGUGCUUUGCUAAACUAUGGAACUCGCUCCCACUGGAGGCAGUGAUGGCAACCAAUUUGCAUGGCAAUUUGCAAGAGAAUUAGACAAAUUCAUGCAGGAUAGGGCUAUCAAUGGCAACUAGCCAUGAUGGCUCAGCUCUGCCUCAAUGUUUCUGAAUGCCAGUUGAUGGGAAUCACAGAGGGUGGUGAAUGCUGUUGUGCUUUGGUCCAUCCAAUAGGCCACUGUGAGAACAGGAUGCUGAAUGAGAUAAUCUGCUUAAAUUCAACCGCAACACGUGGCUAAUAAGUAUUAUUAAUAUAUUAUUAAUGAUUAGAUCAUCACCCAAAAUUUACAAAUCAUAAACAUCCACAUAUAAUGUAUGUAUAAGUCCAUAAACAAGAAAUAGCAAACGCAAUAAAUUGCUAUCAGGGAACACUACAACGAAGGCAGGAUGCCUUUCAAUGUCCAACAAUAUUGUAGUGGUGGGUGCUCCAACAUGUAGAAUCCAGUAAUGAACAGCAAACAAAACUGGAACAGAACAGUGUUUCCAGGAUAAGUCAACUGUUUCAAGGAUGAAUCUUCAUCAGCAAAUUAAUUCCAAAUGAAUUGUCCAUUCAGGUACAUACAGGUGAAACUCGGAAAAUUAGAAUAUUGUCAAAAAGUGCAUUUAUUUCAGUAAUGCAACUUAAAAGGUGAAACAAAUAUAUGAGAUAAAUGCAUGGCAUGCAAAUCAAGAUAUGUCAAGCCUUUAUUUGUUGUAAUUCUUUGUUGUUAGGCAGGUCAAUUAUAAAUGGAAUGUAAUUAAUGAAAUGUUAUAACGAUUUUAUUUUUGUAUUAUUGUAACUAUUUGUUUUAUUACUGUGGAAUUUCCAAAAGAAAGCAUUUGUAAAAAUUAGAAGAAAAAGAAAAAAUAGUAAGUUGCAUUACUGAAAUAAAUGCACUUUUCGACGAUAUUCUAAUUUUCCGAGUUUCACCUGUAUAAUAACUAUAGACCAGUGCACACUAACAAGUGUAGCCAACUGAAUGAGAUAAGCAGGCUUUUCUUAUACAGUAUUCAUAUUUCAUCGCCAUGUCUCUGGCUGAAGCUGCAAAAGACCAGUGACCUCAAGAGCAUAAAGCUCUUUAGAGAAACAGACUAAUAAGGAUAAGCCCAGAGAGACAGACUUACUCUCCGGAAAAGGAAUUGCUGGCCUAUGAACUUGAGACAACUUCUCCAGAUUGUUACCGGUAUUAGAGGGCUGUGUAGGCAACCAAACAGAACUAUGGUUGAACGUAGAUAGAUGUAUAGAUAGAUGGGCAGGCAUAGUUUUAUUUUUAUUUUAAGGAGAAUUCAAAGGCUGCUAUUCAUGGCUGGCAACAUGGUAGGGAUACCAUCUCUCACAAGAUAAUUAGAUAUCUAACAACCGUUUAUCGGAUGAGCAAAAGCUCAAGUUGUUUUCAAACAUGCUGAUUUGAUAUCGGGAAAAGUUGGUGCUUGAGUUCAAGGCUUAACUUAAACCCAACCCUUAGCCCUCAAGCCUAAUUUUAACAUGAAAAAACAACCCCAAAGUUUGUAAUGAGAUUAAUGCAUACAUAUAGGAAUAUCCUACACAUGAGAAACUAGAGUAACUUCUCCAGACAUUGCUCAUCAAGGAUAUACAUAAUCAUAGAAUGCCAUUCUGACCAGUGGAAACAAUGUGUUCAAUUAGGAUGCAAAAACAAUAGAAGGCUGGGUUUCUGCAUCUCACUGCGGCGAAGUCCCUGUGCAAUUGUGCACACUCAACUAAAAUGUGUGGUCAGGUGUGGUUUCCAUGCUGGUUUCCGCUCUGGCAUUUUCCUCUAAUUGUUUCUUUUUUGUAUUUAGGAAUGCUUUGUGUAGGUUUUCAAACCUACGUUUUGUUAUAAACUGCAAUCUGGAAAAUUUUAAAAUCUGCCCAGAGUUUUUACAUUUUUAUCCAUGCAAAUCUGCGUCCGAUACGGACAUAGGAAAACAAAAGGAUUACAUUUGUUUGCACUGAAUUGCAUGUAUCUCAAAUGAAUCUGGAUUUGAUUAAUUGCAUGUGUCUCAAAUGAAUCUGGAUUCGAUUAAGUCACCAAACUGAUGAAAUAAGCCUGCGAAACUCAAUAUAGCCUUCAUAGUGCCAGACUCUUUUCUCAACGCUGCAAAUCACUCUGAUUUUAAUGUGCAAAUAUUGCAGCUUUAAGCCUUUAAAACGUUCCUGUUUAUCCAGGCAUUUGGUAACUGAAAUAUACUGCUUCUGGCAACCUUGACAUUAUUAGGCAAGUGAUUAUUUUGAAAUGUUUUUAGAUGUUAACUGUUUUAGGUAUUUUAAAAAAUUUAGUUUUUGAUUGGGUCGUUUUAACGUUUUGGUGUUUGCCACCCUGGAGUCAUUUGCAAGGAAGAGCUGGGUAGAUGUUGUCAUUGUCAUGGUAGCUUUAUUUCCCCACUAGCUACUUAUAACCAGGCCUUUGGCUGAUUGAACAUUCUAUGGCCUCUUAAAAGUGUUUGUGGGUAGGGGAGUUAUUGAUGGUGAUGAUGAUUGUGAUUGUGUUCUCAUUUUGUAUUUUGAUGUUUUGAAUUGUCGUAUGAACUUCAGAGGAAAGGCGGUAUGCAAAAUAAAUAAAUAAAUAAAUAAAUAAAUAAUCAACUUAAAAAACAAACCCCACUCCGACCCAAGUAGCUUUUUUUGUAAUAGGCUUCUGGAUAUUUGAGUGAAGCCAGUGAAUAAAGGAUUAAAAAUGUUUCCUCCCCAUCCUACCCUUCAUCACUCAAAGUCCUAAGGCAGGCAUCCCCAAACUGCGGCCCUCCAGAUGUUUUGGCCUACAACUCCCAUGAUCCCUAGUUAGCAGGACCAAUGGUCAGGGAAAAUGGGAAUUGUAGUCCAAAACAUCUGGAGGACCGAAGUUUGGGGAUGCCUGUCCUAAGGCUUCUCUUUAUUUUUAUUUGGGGGGGGGGACAUUUGGGGCUUUGCUAUAUGUAAUAUGCAGAUUCUUCUGCAGUGGAUAGGGAUUGUGGGAUAAACAUUUUGUAGGAGCCGACAAACUAAAAUGUGCUCCAUUUUAAUUGUACAGGGACAUUAAGAGAUAGUGGCUAUCAAGAAGGCAAAGCAGGAAUGCUGUCAAAUGAUUAUCAUGCGAUUUCCAUCGUUUACAAGGAUUAUAAUGGUCAUUACCUUGCACAUUCUGCAAAGAGGACAAGUUCUCAAAUAUUCUGUUGCAUGUCAGCUUAAUGUAGCAAAUGUUCAUUGCUUUCGGCUUCUCAUUUCCAUAAUUGUGUAGUUACACCUGAUAUGUCACAGUAGUAAAAUUUGGAAGCAUAUACCUUUAAAUUGUGGCUAGGAAAUGCUCGUUUCAGUAAAUGUCAUAUGUGCAAUCAACUCAAAAUUAUGCCAAACAGAAGGCAUGCACAGACUUUCGAUGGUGUUUUCUAAACUUUGCUUAAAAGGUCAUUCAUUUGCAUUCAUUAUAGAUGUGCACGUAAGUAUUUGUGUAGGGUUGUUGUUAAGCAGCCUCGAUACCUUGUUAGAAAUAAAGCCUUAAAGAUAUGUGCUUUGGGAGCAGGCAAAGACUUUCCUCUUUUUUAAAAGAAACCAUGCAGUCACCCAUGUUUGCCAAAAUCUUGUUCAGAGUAAUAAAUCUGUUCAUCUAAUCCCAGUGAGUCAGAAUGGUCUUGCUGCAUUUGAAAAUGCAGUUGAAUUAAACCCCCUUACAAACCAAUUUAUUGGGAGCUGUAACAAUGGUGUUUAUCUUAUGGGUGCUUUGUUUGAUUCUUGAGAGGGGAUUAUCCCCAAAGAAUUGGAAUGUGUUUUUCCUCUGGAUUGCCUUUUCAUUGCUAAGAAAAGCCGGGAAAGGGGGGGGGGCACCAUGAAAGAGAAGGAUGAAACAGUUGCCAACCAAUCAUACUUUAUGCUGCAGCACUGCAAAAACCUAAUGCCUGACUCCCACACUACUGAAUUCAUCUGUGUUUGGCUAUCAAGUUCAGGGCUGUCUCAAGCAUGUCGGGCGCCC